AUGCCUUUCUUGGAUGUGCAGAAAAGGUUUGGCCUUAACGUAGAUCGGUGGUUGACAAUCCAAAGUGCUGAACAGCCCUACAAGAUUCUUGCUCGAUGCCAUCCUUUUGAAAAAGAAUGGAUAGAAUGUGCACAUGGAAUUGGUGGCAUUUGGGCAGAGAAAGAGUGCAAAAUAGAAUAUGAUUAUUUCAUAGAGUGUAUGCUUUGGCAGAAAACGAUGAGACGUGUGAUUACCAUCAGGAAGCAGUGGAAUAAGCUGAUAAAGGAAGGGAAGUACACCCCUCCACCUCAGCACGUGGGCAAGGGGGAGCCUUGGCCCCUGAGCAGAGUCCCACAGUGCUGGGACUACAGAAUGCUUUCCUAUACACCCUUUGCCAACUGCCUUUCCUUAGACUUGGAUGCCAGGACACAGGCUGCAGUAAACAUUACUAGUGCUCCCCUGUGUUUGGCCCUCUUGUUGUCCCUUGGAGCACGGCAUGCUCCAUCUCCCACUGCCCCACAGCUGGGUGGGAUUCCUUAUUUGUGCGGACAGCUUCAUGAAUCCCCUGCUGGGGUGGCUUACAAAGUGGUGGGCACGAAGAGGUUUUUCUCACAGUUUUCAGUAAAGCCCCUGUGA